AUGGAUGCUAUUCUGUGGACCCAGCCAGACAGGUGCACACUGAUAAUCCAGGACCUGAUCAGGAAAGACGAGGCCCUGUACAGCUGCAGCGCCAUCAACGUGGCUGGACCCGCAUCCACGUCCUGCAUGUUGCACGUGGUCGAUGAGGAGAAGGUGUACCACUGGAGGAACUACUUGCACCCGGGAAAAGUACCCAUCAAACCCAGGCACAUCACGGAUCUGUAUGAUUUAGGUGACGAAAUAGGCCGCGGGACCCAAGGAGUCAUUUAUCAUGCCGUCGAACGAAGCACUGGUGAGUCCUUUCUGCUCCGGGACAUGUCGACGUCGGCCAUCAACGUGGCUGGACCCGCAUCCACGUCCUGCAUGUUGCACGUGGUCGAUGAGGAGAAGGUGUACCACUGGAGGAACUACUUGCACCCGGGAAAAGUACCCAUCAAACCCAGGCACAUCACGGAUCUGUAUGAUUUAGGUGACGAAAUAGGCCGCGGGACCCAAGGAGUCAUUUAUCAUGCCGUCGAACGAAGCACUGGUGAGCCCGGGGACAUUCUGAUCAGCCGGAAGGGCGGGAUCGAAGUGCGAAUCUCGGAUUUCGGGCUGGCGAAGCGUGUGCUUGCCCCGUCGCAAGGCGUCGACCAGCGAUUCGGCAUGCCGGAUUUUGCAGCACCGGAAACGGUGACUGGAGGGAAAUCUGGCGUAUAUUCUGACAUGUGGUCACUCGGUGUCAUCACUUACUUGUUACUUUCUGGAAUUUCUCCAUUCCGUGGACGAGACGACGUGGAAACCAUGGACAAGAUCAAAUCGAAGCUGAUUUCUUUCGAAGGAGGUGCUUUUGAUUCGCUUUCGGCGGAUGCAAAGGAUUUCCUGAGAAAGCUGCUCAAGUGGGAAAUCGAUGAGCGGAUGAGCUGCAAAGAAGCAUUGAAACACUCGUGGAUCCACACGAAAUUCACGAAACUCGACGUGUCGAUUAGAACAGACCACCACAGGGAAUACAUUCACCACUACAGGGAUUGGUAUGCGAAUGCUUCGUGCCGAACCUAUUUCCGUCGCCGUCCACUAGAGGGUGCUUACACGGACCCAUCAAGAAUGGUUUACCCUCCGGGCAUGAAUUUCACUCCGCUGUCCUCGCCGGAAAGAACCAUUCUUCCAUCCACGUCAUCGCAUAAAAAGCGGUUCUUCGGGGACGACGAAGGCAGAGUCACUGACCUCAUUGAAAACGACCAGGAAAUUCCCGACUCCAACAGCAUGUAUCAAAACGGACCAGACACGUAUUUGCUUCAACUUCGGGACGUGAAUUUCCCAUCUCGCCUCAGGCGGUACAUGCAAGUUGCUUCGUCGAGAAGCCCGAUGUUUGCCCUGAAGCUUCGACAGGAUCCUUGGAUUGGAAGUGUAACAGUGAAAGAACGUCGAAGGUUCCAAGAUUUGAACGACGAGGAGAUUGACGACGAAAGACGUGGACAAAAGAUGCGCGGAUGCGGGAUCCUCUUGGACAACAACAACGGAUCCUCUGUGAUCCCUCGUCGGAUCCGUCUCGAAGUCGGCUGCGGAAUGGGCGACUUGAAGAAGGAAGCUGAGCUAUUCAGUGAACAGAAGUGGGACGGACACAUGCCAUUUUUCCGUGAGAAGUUGCAAGCGACUUCGUUGGCUGACGACUCCAAUGCUGAUUUGACUUGUUUGGCAGUGGGUGAACCGACUCCAAUCAUACAAUGGUUCAAAAACGACAUGAUGAUCUUGUCCGGGAAAAGAAUCUCCAUUCAGGAGGACGAUCACGGCAGGUCCUUCCUCAGGUUUCGGCCAGCAAACAAAGAAGACACCGGUGUUUACAAAGUCGUGGCGAGGAACAAACACGGCCAGACUGUUUGCAAAGGCCGGCUUUUGGUUGCACAUCGACCCGGUGUGAUGGAAGGACCACUUCCGGGGGAAAUUUCUGACACUGAGAUCGUGCUGAAAUGGGAUCUUCCUUUGGAUGAUGGAAAUUCGCCCAUCAUCUGCUAUGGUUUGCAAUAUCGGCAAGCAGAUCAAGUGGAAUGGCAAGAAGUGGCCAUGAACAUCGACCACGAAUUCUUUUGCAUGCGAAACCUGAUCCCGGUGACCUCUUACGAAUUCAGACUGCUUGCGCAAAACGCUUUCGGCUGGAGUCCGCCGGGACUCACGUCUGGAAUUUUCACAACAAAGGCCGAAGGUGCCCCAAAGGUCAAAGUGUCUCGGGCAAUGAAGCACCUGCAGCUUCUCACAGAGAAGGGCUUUGAGAUUGAGGACGAGAACAAACGACCCCCUCUGGAUUACUCCAUUGAAGAGAAUCCUGUGCCAUUUUCCGAAGGGGACCCGAAGGAGAAGUAUCACUUUAUUGCCGAAUUGGACAGGGGUCGGUUCUCGGUGAUCGUGAAGGCCUUCGAACCCGUCAAGGAGCAGUUCUUCGUGGCCAAGGUGAUCUCCACAGAGGGACUGGACAAAUUGGAAUGGGCCCAGCGAGAGUACUUCCACCUAAGCAGACUGCGCCACGAGCGACUGGCCAUCAUGCACGAGGCCUAUCGUCUGGACAAAGGACUCGUCCUCAUGUUGGACAAGCUUCAGGGCUACGACGUCCUCACAUUCCUCUCACAGAAACCAGAGUACACCGAAGAGCUCGUGGCGAACAUCGUCAAACAGGCAGACCAACUGAAACCGUUACGGGUUGUUCAAUGGUCUGUCCCAAACGGUCAAGAAACCCUGGGUUCCUUGGAGUACAUGGCUCCGGAAGUGCUGAGCAAAGAGGACAUCACACCUCAAGCAGAUGUGUGGAGCAUAGGUGUACUGGCGUACAUCCUGUUGUCAGGAGUGUCGCCGUUCCGCGGCGCCACCGACCAAGAGACCCGCACCAACAUCAAUUUCGCUCGCUACCGUUUCGAGCACCUCUACCGAGAAAUCACUCAGGAGGCGUCACGUUUCCUCAUGCUCAUCUUCAAGAGACACGCAGUGAAACGACCGGAUGUUGAAGAGUGUCUGGAACACCGUUGGCUCCAGUGCACGGAAUACAUGAUCAAGAAGCGAGAACGAGCUGUCUUCAACAGCAAGCAACUCAAGGUGAAUAUUUCAUGA